CCUUCUCCUUCCUGCUUCCUUGCUGUUGGUGGCUGGGCUGCUUCUCCCAUGACUUUCUGCACUUAGACCAGGCUGUGCCUUAGCCAAUCGGGUCAGAUCGGCCUUCCUUCACAGUGAGGGGCUCCUUUUCCCCUCCAGCCCCUUUUCUGUGUGACACCAGUUCCCACCAAACCCGUGGCAUCUUCCUGCCUUGCUCCCUCUCUCCCCCCGUGCGGGGCCUUCACAACUAUGGAUGACUCAGAAGUGGAGUCGACUGCCAGUAUACUUGCCUCCGUCAAAGAGCAGGAGGCACAAUUUGAGAAGCUGACACGGGCACUGGAGGAAGAACGGCGCCAUGUCUCUGCGCAGCUGGAGCGUGUCCGUGUCUCCCCACAGGAUGCCAGCCAGACCAUGGCCAACGGCACUCUCACCCGCCGGCACCAGAACGGCCGCUUUCUGGGCAAUGACCUGGAGAGGCAGAAAUUCUCAGAACUGAAACUCAACGGACCACAGGACCACAGUCACCUCAUAUACAGCACCAUUCCCAGAAUGCAAGAUCCAGGACAGAUUGUGGAAGAGACUUACACCAUGGAGGAAGACCCAGAAGGUGCCAUGUCUGUUGUUUCUGUAGAGACAUCAGAUGAUGGGACAACUCGCCGUACGGAAACUACAGUGAAGAAGGUGGUGAAGACCAUGACCACACGCACAGUACAGCAGGUACCUGUUGGUCCUGAUGGGUUACCUGUAGAUGGCUCUCCAGUCACCAACAACUACAUUCAGACCAUGGAUAGGAACUUCAGGAAAAACACCAACGGUGGUCCUGGUGCCUACAUGAGCCAGCCAGGCACAGCCACCCUUCCACGAAACUACCACUACCCAGAUGGUUAUGGCCGCCCUUAUGAGGAUGGCUACCAUGGUAGCGAGCACAACUAUGGUAGUUUGUCCCGUGUGACCCGUAUUGAUGAGCGCUAUCGCCCUUCCAUGGAUGGCUACAGGGCCCCUAGCCGGCAAGAUGUCUAUGGACUCCAGCCCCAGGUGCGAGUAGGAGGAAGCAACAUGGACUUGAACCGCUUCCAUGCAGAGCCCUAUGGGCUGGAGGAUGAUCAGCGCAGUAUGGGGUAUGAAGACCUGGAUUAUGGCACAAUGACAGACUAUGGUACAGCCAGACGGACUGGGACUCCUUCUGACCCCCGACAGAGGCUUAGGAGUUACGAGGACAUGUUGGUGGAUGACAUGGGCAGAGACCAGUAUUACUGGGCUCCACUGGCCCAGCAUGAGAGAGGCAGCUUAGCAAGUCUAGACAGCCUACGAAAAGGAGGACCACCACCAGCCAACUGGCGCCAGCCUGAACUCCCUGAAGUGAUAGCUAUGCUGGGAUUUCGUCUGGAUGCAGUGAAGGCCAAUGCCGCAGCCUACCUGCAACAUUUGUGCUACCGUAAUGACAAGGUGAAGACGGAGGUGCGCAAGCUGAAGGGCAUUCCUAUUCUAGUGGGACUGCUGGAUCACCCCAAGAAGGAGGUGCACUAUGCUGCGUGUGGGGCCCUCAAGAACGUCUCCUUUGGCAAGGACCAGGACAACAAGAUUGCCAUCAAGAAUUGUGAUGGUGUCCCUGCUCUGGUACGACUGCUGAGGAAGGCACGUGACCUGGACCUCACUGAAGUUAUUACAGGAACGCUCUGGAACCUUUCUUCUCAUGACUCAAUAAAGAUGGCCAUUGUGGAUAAUGCCUUACAUGCCCUCACAGGUGAGGUUAUCAUUCCACGCUCUGGGUGGGAGAAGGAGCCCAGUGAAGAUUCCAAGCCCCGCCAUAUAGAGUGGGAGUCAGUGCUCACCAAUACCAUUGGCUGCCUUAGAAAUGUCAGCUCAGAGAGAAGCGAAGCCCGUCGAAAGCUGCGGGAGUGUGACAGUCUGGUGGAUGCUCUUAUAUACAUUAUCCAGUCAGAAAUUGGCCAGAAAGAUUCAGACAGCAAGCUUGUGGAAAACUGUGUCUGCCUUCUGAGGAAUUUAUCGUAUCAGGUGCACCGUGAGAUCCCCAAUGCAGAGAACUAUAAGGAAGCCCCACUCAACAUUGUCAAUAGCACGGGCCCCCAUGCUGCCAGCUGCUUUGGUGCCAAAAAAGGCAAAGACGAGUGGUUCUCAAGAGGUAAAAAACCAACAGAGGAUCCUUCUGCUGAUAUAGUGGACUUCCCCAAAAGACAAACUCCUGCAAAAGGUUAUGAACUUCUCUUCCAGCCUGAAGUUGUCCGCAUAUACAUCUCACUGUUGAAAGAGAGCAAAACUGCUCCUAUCCUAGAGGCCUCUGCAGGAGCAAUCCAGAACUUGUGUGCUGGCCGCUGGACGUACGGGCGGUACAUUCGCGCUGCGUUGCGCCAGGAGAAAGGCCUCUCAGCCAUUGCUGACCUUCUAACCCAUGAUGAGCGUGUGGUAAAAGCUGCGUCUGGAGCCUUGCGCAACCUGGCUGUGGAUGCUCGCAAUAAAGAGCUGAUAGGUAAACAUGCUAUCCCCAGUUUAGUGAAAAACUUACCAGGAGGACAGCAGUUACCGGCCAAGAACCUCUCUGAAGAUACUGUGGUCUCUGUGCUGAAUACUAUAAAUGAGGUAAUUGUGGACAACUUGGAAGCAGCAAAGAAACUGCGGGAGACGCAAGGCAUCGAGAAGCUGGUGCUGAUCAACAAAUCCGGGAAUCGCUCAGAGAGGGAAGUCAGAGCAGCUGCCCUUGUACUACAGACAAUCUGGGGGUAUAAAGAGCUACGGAAGCCACUUGAGAAAGAAGGAUGGAAGAAGUCUGAUUUCCAGGUGCAUCUGAAUAACACCUCCAGAAGCCAGGGUGGUAACUCCUUUGAUGACAGCACCUUGCCCCUCAUUGAUAAGAACCAAAAGGGAGGUCUAGACAAGAAAUCUUCUCGAGAAGAGAUUCAGAUGAGCAACAUGGGACCAGAUAAUUACUCUACACUGAAUGAGAGAGACCAUAAUAGGACAUUGGACCAAUCUGGUGAAGAGAUGGAGUCUAUGAAAGGAGCACCGCUGAUGGAGGAAGGGGAGGAAUCCUAUGAGGAAAAUGACCAGUUUUACCCUUCUAUGCAGAAGAUCUAGACUUGCCACCACUCUGCCUUCUCUGUUUUGAGUUUAUAACGUACAAGUGUAUAACUUUGUGGUGAAAUGGACUAAUUUUUUAAAAAAAUCUCUCGUUGGCACACAAGGCCAGCCAGCCAGCCAAACGACUGGCGCCCUGAAUCCACAGGGCCUUACACCUCCCUGUCAAUGACGGUGCAUCCAAUACUCUGGACACUUUUUUUUUUAAUCUUGCAAAAGCAACUGUUUCUGAAGACCAAAUAUUGUUGAUGGAUCUCACUACGGCAGACACUCAGUGGACAAGUUUCUGCUGCAUCAGCCAGGAGCCACUGAUGCAGAAGGAUCUCAGCUGAACUCUUACAUACUGGAAUUAGGUUUUUCUUAAGGAGCUGUCUCAGAAGAGAGAGAGACUGUCUCCUCCUUCUCUUAGCCUAUAGAAUAUAUUUUUGUGUGUGAUCAUUUUUUCAAACAAAGGAUGCUGGGACUACUGGAACAUUCCUGGUGGUAAGGGUGGAGAGGGCAGAUGGGCAGGGAAUAACAAAGGAGGGGGACAGCUUGGGAGCGGACACAUCUGGCCAGUCUGGAUGCAAGAUGGCCCGAGAGUGUCUCUUUGAGGAGACAGCCUUCCCAUUCCUCAUGCUGAGGAGGGUUGUGUGGGGUUGGCAUCUGCUUUCUCCUAUUCUCGUUUGCUUCUCGGUGGUUUUAACCUGUAAUGGAUGAACUCCGUUUAGGAAGCUAUUUAUUGGUGGGGAAGGGUGGGGAGCAGUUUGAGGUGCGCAAGAGACCUGAGGGGGGGAGGGGGAAGAUGAUGACUGAGUGUGUUAAGUGGAAGUUAGUGGAAGGGGAUGGCAUCUUAAUGCCUACAAGUAGUAACAUUGGACCUCCAGUGAGGAUGACAGAGAGGGUCCCGGUUGGAUGAUCAGAACCCAGGUGGUUGGUGCCCAGGUUGGGCUGCAGGUGCCAGGGCUGAAGGGAAGCUUGGUGAUGGAGGGGAAGGAAAGCUGUCUGUAAAUAUUGCCCAUAUCCUCCCAUUCAGGUCGGGGACUGAAAUGGUUACCUAUCACUAUCUACAUGUGCCUUUCUUUGCCACUGUGAAAUAUCUUGGUGCAUUUGCUGAUUUAGAACUAGGAAGGGACUGGAUUGGAGAGGUGGACUUGGGCCCAGGGGUUGUGCUUCUGCCUUCUUCCCAGGCCCUUGCAUUGGAACCAGAAUUAUAUUGCCAUGUGUAAUAGCAGCAGUGAAGUCUUGGUAGCCAGCAGAUGGCAGGAGUUGAUCUGUUAACUACUUAAAGCUUCCCAGGCUGGGGAGGGAGAGGUGAAAGCAUUGUUGGGCAAGGAUCAUGAUGCUUAGUACAUAAUGCACCUUAACGGCAUGCCUCUUCAGGGAAUAGGAGGAGAUUAGGGUUGUCUGAUGGAUCAUUCUCCUCGUCUGCCAAGGGGACAGUAGAGACUAACUCCGGGCACCACAUUGGUGGCUUCACCUUUUCUACUGAAGAGGAUCUCAGCCUUUCCCUCUCCCUCCUCUGAUCCUGCUUCAAAGCACUGCCUCAGCCCAGCUACUGGAAAGAGCUCUGUUGCCCACAGCUCCUGGGAUUCUCUAUGUACACAUUGGUCCACGUUGCACAGGAUGGUAUGCCUAACACAGGAGAUUCUGUGCCUCUCGUAUGCUCCAAUCCCAGUUUUUUCUUUCCUUUUUUGGGGGGUGGGGGUGGGAGGGGUUAAACAUUCAAAUCAGCCUUUUGAGGGAGGAGAACUUUUUUAAAACUAUGAAACACUAUUUCCUUUGACUAUUACAGAUGAACCAAAAAUACCCUUCCCCACUGACCAAUUCAAUACUGUAGGGGGAACUAAUAAUUCACUGACUUUUGCUUUCUCUUUGCACCCCAGGGGAAGGGGACAUCCUGCUGUUCUUUGAGUCCUGCGCUCACUCUGUAAUGCUUUUAAAAUGAAAUGAUUUUUAUAUAAAUAAAGUUUUAAAGUGUGUAUUUGUUAAAA